GAAAUAGUUAUAUAAAUAUUUAAGUAUAUGAUUAACAUUAAAAAUAUAUACCACUUAUGUUCUAAAACAAUAAUUUAUGUAUAGAAAAGUAAAAACAAACAUCCGUGCGGUUGCACGGGUCAAAAUCUAGUUAAUUUCUUAUAAUUUGUUUGAUAAUAUUUCACGUAAUAUAAGAUAAAACAAGGUUCAACGAAUAGAUAGGCGGUAAACCAGACACUUUGGCACUUUGCAUAGGACUAGCGUUGACAAUUAUAUGUUUAUUAAUUAUACAUCUUAUAUUUGUAUUACAUUUUUUUAUAUUUUAUGUGUUUAUUUAUAAAAUGACUUUGAAAAAUAUUUAUUCAAAAGGAAAUCAAACAAAUCUGUGAGCUUACACUAAAAAAAAAUUGAAGAUUAUCAUUUGUUAUAGACAAGACGAUAUAACUAAAUUAGUCAUAAUCCACUCUUAUGUUAUUUGAGUAAACCAAAACAAAUUUAGUUCCGUUUGAACUUUGAACUAAUUUCGAAUGACUUACAAACUAAACGAAAUUUGUUUAUAUGAUUUUGAAAAGGUCUUUUUGGUUAUGAUCGAUUUGUAGCUUAGAUAGACAAAAUAUGCAUCUACACCCGAAUAUCACAACAUUCAUUAAAAAAAUGUUAAGAAGUCAUAUAACUGACCAAUAAAUGUCAUAUGAUUCAAAACACACAUGUUUACCUUGAAUAAAACACAUGUAAAAGCCAAAGGUUCAUAUUGCUUUCCCACCUAACAUUUAAAUUAAAAACCAAAUAACAAAGCACACACACGUUGAAAAUUCAACAUCAUUACACGACAUUAUUUUAAUAUUCUCCUAAAAGUCAAAUCCGAUUAAGCCGCAAAAGAAGAUCAGAAAACGCUUGACCCACGCUUAAAAACGUUGACAUAUAGACGCGCAUACACACACAUAUAUAAAUACAUGUACACACACAAGCCAUCAAGAUCACAAACACUUAUCUUCAAAUCCUGAUCUAAUCUUUGUCUUGUAAACACAGAAAGUUCUUAACCAAUGGAAGCUACUUCACAGCCUUGUUUCUCUCAUAAUUACCUUAGAUCAUCUGAAAACUACAACUCAUCGCUCCAUUCGACACGAAAGCAACCUGCAAAGCCAUGGAAAAGACCCGUAACAGCUUCGCUUCAACGAAUGCAUCCCAGAGUUUACCGAGUCGAGCCUGUGAACUUCAAAGAGUUGGUUCAGAGGCUAACCGGCGCACCACAAGAUCACGAGAGAGAUGAGGUGCAUCAAGUUGAAACUAAGCCACUACUCAAGGUGCAACACGGUCUAGUUGAGGUUAGGCAGCCACUCAAGAUUUUCCGUGAAACAACAACUCAAGAGAACCCACUGGCGUUUGAUCUGUCUCCUUCAUCAUCUCGUUUUUGGGAAGCUUUCCCUCUUCUCAGUUCUGCGAAUCUAUCAAGAUGGUAGGACAAAAUAAAUCUUUCAUUGAUUGCAAUUCUUGAAAUUUAUCGCUAGAAAGAUGUAUGUAUACGAAGAGAGAACACUUGUUACUGUUACAUUACAAAACAUCUGUUUUUAUAAAUCUUUUUCGCGCUCUC